AAUACGGUGUUUGACAACAUUCAAAAUACUCUACAAAAUAUAGAUAUUUUACGAGACAAUAGUCUAAAGAAUACCACUUCUACUUUAUUUUAACAAAAUAAUGUAUAUUAUUUACAUAUUUCACAAAAUAAAAAUGAAGUUUUUUUAAAUAAUUUCACGUGAAUCGAAACGCUCUGUGAUUGGUGGUAACACUCGUGACGUCACACGCCAGCGAACAGGUGUUUUGCGCUAUUGAUUGUCGUUGGAGUUUACUGUGUUUUGGCUGUAAUUUCUAUUUGUAAACUAUUUUCGAAGAAUUACUUGUUACUACUUGCUACUACGGACAUUGUUUAUAACUAGUGUUAUUAAUAUUAGUUUACCAUACUAAAAAUGGACGCAAAUUUUGUGCAAGCCGAUAGCAGCAACUUACCCAGGAUAGACGCUUUAAUGGUUGCACUUUUUUUUAAGAAUAACGCUGAUUAUUAUUCAUCUGAACUAAAAAAUGUGAAAACAGCAGUGUCUGCAAGGGAAUCUUAUGGUGACGACGCCAUUGGCUAUGUGCAAAUCAAACGGGAGCAAGGAGUUUGCACAAUGAAAUGCAAAAUAUGCCCAGAGCAUAAAGUUCGGUCAAAGGCAUAUAAUGUAACAAUGAUUAUCAAUGAAGAAGAUAGUGAAGUCAUUAGCUGCCAGUGCCUUGACUGUGCUGCUUCAGCUGGGGGAUGCAAGCAUUCAGUUGCUUUCCUGAUGUGGGUCCAUCGUCGCACUGAGGAACCUGCAUGUACUUCAGUAGAAUGCUACUGGAAAAAACCUAUUCUAUCGCGAGUAGGGACCACUAUGAAAUAUAUCACUGUUGAGCAGAUGUGUGAGAAAGCAGUGCCUCAUAGACCAAGUUCAUCUGAACUAUAUAAUGAAUUCAUUUCUGUGGCCAAAUCUAGAAAUAUAACCAAAUGUGAAUUACUUAAAUAUCAAAAUGAUUUUAAACAUAAAGAUGUCAUGCAGUAUUCAUUACACUGUUUUUUGAUGAAUCAAUCAGAGGAAACUAGUGCUGAUGUUGAUAAAUUUGUUGAAGUGAUGAAGACAAAUAUCACAGAGGCUGAAAUAAGUGCCAUAGAAGAAGCAACGAGAAAUCAAGAUAAAAGCAGUUUGUGGUAUGAGAUGCGUUAUGGCCGUAUCACAGCUUCAAAAGCAUAUCAAGUGAGUGUUUGCCGGACACCAGAAGGGUCAUUGAUUGCUACUGUGAUGGGUGCAAAAAUACCAGAUACGCUAGCAAUGAAAAGAGGAAGAACUUUAGAAAAGGCAGUCCGAAAGAAAGUUGCUUCCAUAUUGAACAAAAAAAUAAGUAUAUGUGGACUUUACGUAUGUAAUGAGAGUCCCAUGAUUGCAGCAUCUCCUGAUGGCCUAACAAAGGAUGCUGUUAUUGAAAUAAAAUGCCCUACUCAGGCUAAAACCAAAGAGAACUAUAUAAAAAAUGGAGUAAUUACAGAAAAAUUUAAUGCACAGGUGCAAUUACAAAUGCAUGCAACUAGCAUGAAAAAAUGCUAUUUCUGUGUUGCAGAUAGCAAAUUUGAAGAGAACCAAAAGGUGGAUAUUCUUUUAGUGCAUUAUGAUAGUGCUUAUACCCAUAAUUUACUGCAAAAGCUGGUUACUUUUUGGAAAAAUAAUGUUUAUCCAGUUUUGUACCGUAGCACUAGGGUGACAGAUUAAUAAAUAAAAAUGUUUUCUGUGCACAUUGUUUUAUUUAUUUUUCAAUAGGUAUUUACAUUUAUUUAUAAAACUUACAAAUACAUACACUACACUAGAAGUCCCCAUGCCUUUAGUUUUUGCUACAUUCAUUGCUCUCAGUGAAAAGUGUGUUAUGUAACAUAUCUAUCCCAAGAUGAAAGAAUUUAACUAACUUUUAUUUAAUUUAACUAAAUAUGUGUACAUAAUAAUAUAUAAUAAUACCUAUGCACUGAUUGUGAUUUGACUUGUUUGAUUAAUUGUCUUGGCAAGCACUUUGAGCUGUGGUUAGUUGUUUUGGAGCCUAUUCAAUGCAAACAAACAACUUUCCUUCUUAAAGAUAACAUUCAUACAUCACAUCCUUAUCAGAGGUAGACAGAGCCAAAAGGCCACAUUUAGUAAGAUAUUCUUUCUUAAUUUUUUCUUUACUUAGUAUUUCUAGGAAGAUAUAAUAUUAAUAUACAAAACAUUACUUAAUAAGAGAGUCUUGCAAAUUUAUUAAAGCACAUGCAAUAAUAAUUAUA